CUGCUCUGUUUCCCAGUGCACCAUCCCAGAGCAGCUCUCCCCAUCCAAAGCACUGACAGGGACUGUUACCUGUGUGAAAGGUCUGAGAAAGUCAUCAUAGAAGAUGUGUGAGGAAGAGGAUAGCACCGCGCUGGUUUGUGAUAAUGGCUCCGGGCUUUGCAAGGCAGGCUUUGCUGGGGAUGAUGCGCCAAGAGCAGUUUUUCCUUCCAUCGUGGGACGCCCCAGGCACCAGGGUGUGAUGGUAGGCAUGGGCCAGAAAGACAGCUACGUAGGCGAUGAAGCUCAAAGCAAGAGAGGGAUCCUGACAUUGAAAUACCCCAUCGAACAUGGAAUCAUCACAAAUUGGGAUGACAUGGAGAAGAUUUGGCACCAUUCUUUCUACAAUGAGCUACGCGUUGCCCCUGAAGAGCAUCCAACUUUGCUCACAGAGGCACCUUUGAAUCCCAAAGCCAACAGAGAGAAAAUGACACAGAUUAUGUUUGAGACUUUCAAUGUCCCAGCCAUGUAUGUUGCUAUUCAAGCUGUUCUGUCCCUUUAUGCAUCUGGACGUACAACAGGUAUUGUGCUUGACUCUGGGGAUGGUGUCACCCACAAUGUGCCAAUCUAUGAGGGCUAUGCCCUGCCUCAUGCCAUCAUGCGCUUGGACCUGGCUGGCCGUGACCUUACUGACUACCUCAUGAAAAUUCUGACAGAACGUGGUUAUUCAUUUGUUACUACUGCGGAGCGUGAAAUUGUUCGUGAUAUCAAGGAGAAGCUCUGCUAUGUUGCCCUGGACUUUGAAAAUGAAAUGGCCACAGCUGCCUCUUCGUCAUCUCUAGAAAAAAGCUAUGAGCUGCCCGAUGGUCAAGUGAUCACAAUAGGGAAUGAGCGUUUCCGUUGCCCAGAAACUCUCUUCCAACCCUCUUUCAUUGGCAUGGAAUCUGCUGGCAUUCAUGAAACCACCUAUAACAGCAUUAUGAAGUGUGACAUUGAUAUCAGAAAGGAUCUCUAUGCAAACAAUGUCCUAUCUGGUGGAACCACUAUGUACCCUGGUAUUGCAGACCGGAUGCAAAAGGAGAUAACCGCCCUGGCACCCAGCACAAUGAAAAUCAAGAUUAUUGCUCCGCCUGAGCGCAAGUAUUCUGUUUGGAUCGGGGGAUCCAUCCUUGCCUCUCUCUCCACCUUCCAGCAGAUGUGGAUCAGCAAACAGGAAUAUGAUGAGGCUGGCCCGUCCAUCGUUCACCGCAAAUGCUUCUAAGUUACUUUCCCUUCUCUCUGUCUCUCGUUUCCUUCUCUCUCUCUGAGCACACUACUGUGAAUGUAUUCAGGAACAACGACAUUCUUCUAACUCCAUUCCAAAUGCCUUCAUAACAAUGUCUCUGGCUAUAUUUCUAGUUAGAUUUGUGUGUCAUUUAGGGAAGGUUGGGGUGGGUAUGGCAAACUGUAAACAUGCCAUCAUUUAGGUGCUUACAAUUUUAUUAAUAAAACACCUUUAAUUUUUCUUA